AUGUCCAGGCGUCACGACGCUUGCAAUUCUAACAAAAAUUCAGGCAUCGGGUUCUCACUUACAAAACAAUCCGUGGCUCUCGGAGCCCGUGUCUUAGUAUCCGAUAUACGAUCUUCGCCGUCGUUCGAUUCAUUCGCGGCGUCUAAUCUCUCAAAUGUGCUAUUCGUACAAUCCGACGUAACCCGCUGGUCAGACUUUACAAAGCUUUUCGACUCAUGCGAAAAGAAGUGGAGCGAUGUACCGGAUGCGUACGGUAUUUGCGCUGGCCUUUUCGAGCCUCCUGCAUCAAACUUCUGGCAGGACCCAGAGCAAGAUGCAGGAUACAAGCAGGUCGAUGUCAAUGUGGAUCAUCCGAUUAAAUUGACUCGAUUGGCAAUCAAGAAAAGUCUAGGAAAAGGAAAAAGAGCUAGCGUUUGUAUAAUUGUGGGUUUGCCAUUUCUUCUCACCCAUAUCGUUCACAUCAAGUCCAACCACAUUGAUUUUGGGUACACCCGAUAUCACUCUUCCAUCGGAGGCAUCUCGAGUAACGUAGCUGCUCCUCUCUACUGCGCAACCAAACACGCCAUCGUAGGGUUCGUGAAAUGCAUGUCCACAUCGGAGGCCUUCACCGGCGUAAAGGUGACGACGAUCUGUCCAGGACUAGUCGAUACACCACUUCUCGAUACCCAAAAAGUCGAGCAAUAUAGCGUCACCAAGGCGAACUCUCUUUCGCCAGAUGAGGUCGCAACGCAGAUGCUGAAAGUCAUCCAAGAGAAAAAGUAUGGUUGCGGUACGGUUCUUGAGGUCAGCAAGGCAGGCACGCGCGUUAUCCCGGAAUGGAACGUCGAUCCACCAAGAGGGAGUGGGACUGGGUUAGAGAAAGAAGAAGUAGCGGCUGGAGCGAAGGCUAUGUUGGAGCCGAUUUUGAAAAAACUUGAAUCUGAGAAGCGAACUUCCAAGUUAUGA